AUGGCCUCAACACUAAAAUCUGCAUGCAUAGUUCUGUCUGUCUUGUUGUCCUUUAGCUUCAGUUUGGCUCAUAGGUUCCUCUUGGAUCAAGCCACUGAUGACUACAAAAAUUUGGACACUCUUCACCACGGAGCAGUGACAAAUCCUAACGUGCAAGGACUUGGUGUUGGCUAUGGCAGUGGAAGUGGGUCAAAGGGAGGCUCUGGUGCAGGAAGUGGAAGUGGGAGUGGGAGUGGGUAUGGCUCGCAUGGAGUUGGAGCUGCAAGUUGGUCAGGGGGUGGAUCAAGUGGAAUUGGAUCCGGAUCCGGGACAGGAGUUGGAAUUGAGGGAACUGGGGGUGGUUCAGGAGGUGACAUUGGGGUCACCUGUGAUCCAUGCUGUGAUCCAAGAUGUAAUAAUGGGACUAUAAAUUGUCCACAAGUAAUAGAUUCUCGCUGUGGCCAUGGAAUACUAAAACGAUCCAAAAAUGGAACUGUCAAAGAGACACAAGAGGCUAUCAACAUAGUUAGUGAGCCCUAUCCACUAGAUGUAGCCCAUGGUAGUAAGCCAUGA